ACAGCAAUCUAGCAAGCAAGCUUGAGAUUGUACAGGGGGCAGCAGCUGAAAGAUAGAACUACUUUAGCCUAGCGAAAGCUUUCUAAGGAUGAAAAACAUAGAAGAUGAGGGGAUUGAGGCAUCACUGGACAUGGACUGGGUAGCCUCAUUGGAGUUGAAGGUGUCAGACACAAAAUUUAGGGACAGAAACAGAGAGCCAACAAUAUAUAGAGUCCCGGAUAUCUUGAAAAGUGUCGACCCCCAAGCCUAUGAGCCAUUGCUCGUCUCGCUCGGCCCCUACCACCGCGACAAACCUCAUCUACAGGCUAUGAAUCAGCUCAAAUGGAAGUACCUCAAGUUUGUCCUCGAGCAGAACCCUGGUAUGGUCAUGAAGGACUAUGUGGGUCUGAUCAAGGGUCUGGAAACGCAGGCACGCGUUGCCUAUUCGGAGGAAGUGAACAUGAGCAGCAACAGUUUUGUGGAAAUGAUGUUGCUAGACGGAUGCUUUCUGAUGCUUACAAUAAUGGGGUGGACCCACCGGAUGGAGAUUUCAGAAGAGAGUACCUGGUGGACUCAUUUUAAUACAUUACAAGAUAUCUUCAUGCUCGAAAACCAGCUUCCUUUUUUUCUUCUUGAAACUUUGUACCAAUAUGCAUUUCCUCACGGCGAUCGCUUUCGAAGUCUAACAGUCGAGUUGAUCCGCAUGCGUAUCUCAAGUGACUUGAAACCUCCCUCCAACAAUAAGACUUUUCAUCACAUAAUUCAUUUUUGUCUUUCUUGCAUUGAUCCGACAACAAACCCCGAGAAGGAUUACCUUGGCCCUGGCAUACCAUGGAUUCCCAGUGCUACAAUAUUCAAUGAAGCUGGAAUUCACUUCGGCAGAAAGAAGAGAUACAAGAGUUUCCUGGACAUUACAUUUCAUAACGGCAAGUUGGAGAUUCCCCAACUUCGAAUAGAGGACGGCAUCAACUCGCUCUUGAGAAAUCUCAUCGCUUACGAGCAAUGUUCAAUGAAUUCCAAGUUCCGUGUUACAUCCUAUAUGGUGCUUAUGGAUUCCCUCAUCAAUACCGCAGCAGAUGUCGAAUUGCUUCAACAACAUGAAAUCAUUAUCGGCGACUUAGGGGACAGCCAAGAAAUUGCCACUCUAUUUAACAAACUUGGCACGAAUGUUAGCUAUACUUCAUAUAAUUUCUACCUUGCGGAUGUCGUCAAUGCCAUGAGGAAGCACCAUGACACUAGAUGCAACAAAUGGCGCGCAAGGUUGAAUCGUGAUUACUUUAGCAAUCCUUGGGCAAUUAUCUCAUUAUUUGGUGCUCUUGCCCUAUUUGUUCUUACUCUGAUACAGACCACAUAUGCUGUUCUGAGCUAUGAUCGAUCGUCAAACUAGCUUCCUCGCUUAAAAGUAGAUUGUCGGGAAUGGUUCUAGUUUGUUGUUUAGAAACUAAUUUUUAUUGCUUAUGAAGUAUGUAUCCUACGCAUGUGUAUGAAGAGAUGUGUUGUUGGUGAAUAAUUAAAGGGAUACCUCCUUAAUUCUAUAAAUAGAGAGGUCGUAGUCGUUUCUUUUCA